GUGUAAAAUACCCAAACUGAGGAAGCUGCUCAGCUCUCUGCAAACAGCCAGCUGACAGGAAGGAAGGAACCACUGCUACUGAACGUUUGUGGCACGCGCACAGUGGGGAUGAUUGCCUGGGCAAAUUGUGCUCAGUGUGUGGACUAGAAGCUGAAGGUGCCACGAGGCUGAGAAGAACAGACUGCUUGUCCAUCAUGGGAUGCUGCGGUGUGACCCAGAGGCAUAAUGGAGUGGACGAAGUGGGCCCUGAUGAGCUCGAGCUCCUGGAACUCUCUGGAGACAAUUUAGGGGUGUGGAGUCUGGGUGAAACCAGGCUUCAGCUGUCAGUGAGAAACAGCAGAGAUGAGCAGCAGCUGCCUGCACCACCACCACCAUCACCACCACCACCCGCCCCUUCAGUACGACACUUAGAACCAAAGGGGGCGCUGUGGGGCAGGAGCAGAGAUGAACUGCACCAGAGGAUUUACUCCCAGCAGCUAAUCAGAGGCUGGGAGGGCCAACCUACCCACACCUAUGGAGAGAUCAUCCACUCCUCUGUGGUGUUUCUCUAUGACAGCUACACACAGGAAACCACUGAACGCUUCCUGGUGUUAUUCUUUUCUCACCUGCUGAUUCUCUCUCUGGACCACUGCCGACAAGACUUUAUUUAUGAGGGCAUCCUUCCCCUCUCUGGACUUUCCUUCCAGGCCGUCUCUCUGGACUCUGACACGUCACAAUCACCCUGCAUGUUUGAGAUCAGCAGUCCAGUGGUGGACUCCAAGGUGUUCAGAUGUGCCAGUGCUGCAGAAUUACAGAAAUGGAUGCAGUACAUUGAAGAGAGGAGAUACAAGUCAUUCGCUCAACCAUUGACUCCCACUCACUGCACUCUUUCUUAUCUAUUACCAUGUGAUGAGCACUGGAAAAGAGAAGAGCUGAAAAAAUACUUACUUCAAGCUCCAAUAUGGCAGUGGGAGGGCUCCCCCAUACACCACAUGGGCCAGCCAGGAUACAUAUCUAUUGUCCAUGUCGUCAACACACAGAGACGGGGACUCCAAGAAAGACUAAUGCUUCUCUUCCCUCAAGAUGUCUUGCUGCUGUCAGUUGACAACAACCGCAUGAAUAUAAGAUAUGAGGGUAGGUUGCCUCGACAUAGCAUCAGAGCAGUGGAGAGGUCAGCCUUGCCUGGACGGCUGCAGUUUGAGCUGACAGGUGAGCUGGUGGAGCCUCUGCAGGUCUUCUGUACCUGCCUGGAGGAUUAUCAGAACUGGAUUUUUCAACUACAGCAGCCAGACGAAGGCAGCCACGUUACUGUGAGUCACCCUGCACCUCCAAUCAUGCCAAAGCUGCAAAGAAGCAGGAAGGAGUCCCAGGAACCCACAAUAACAGCCGACCCAUGUCCCAUUAAUGGAUGCAGCUGACUUGUCACAAGGUGGACAAGCUUGAAAUUGUAUCACUCUAAUUACUAAAACUAAGCAUGUAAAUAGUAUGUACAUAUUACCUUCACCUGUGCCACAAAAUGGAUUGAAAAGAUCCACUCAGUUCAUGUGGGGACAAACACACAAGGCCACAAGUUUAACUGAAAGUUAAAGAUCAUUUAUUCAAAACAACAUAAAAUAGAAGAAUCUGUAUUUAUUUCAGUAGUUAAACAUUUACAGUGGUGUAGAGACAUCCAGUGUAUUUGUUGUGGUAUUAAAAAUGACUGCAAAGUUU